AUGGACAAAUCAAAGUUCUGUCGAUUCCAUAAAGGCCACGGGCAUAACACGGAAGACUGCAUCCACCUAAAAGUCGCAAUAGAUAUACUGAUCCUAGAAGGACACCUGAAACAGUAUGCGAAGAAACAAGAGACCGCCAAAGAAGCCAAGCCAAUAACCGGAGAAAAACCGGUCGAAAAUACGCCCGCCAUGCAGGUGGCCAUGAGUAUCACCCGACCGGAGGACUUCUACCUCCCUGACGGAACCGGGGCAUCUUCCACCUUGUUCCCUCAGAGCCCACGGGAAAUCCCCCCUUCGGCCUUGGUCAUCUCCGGGGGGGGAUUCAGCAAGCUCAUCGUCAGAUCCGUAAAACGAAAAUUCGACGAACUAAUCUCAACAAAUUCGAGCAAAGCCGCUACCCUCGACCUGGCCCGAGGUGGCUCGUCCUCCAUAUCUUUCUACAAGGACGAGCUACCCGGCGGAGCACCCAAUGCAACCUUCCCACUCCUUAUCCGAGCCCGGAUGGCCAACUUUGACGUUUGCCGCAUUUUAGUCGAUCAAGGGAGCUCAGUGGACAUCAUGUACUCCCAGUUGUUCAAGACACUGCAACUAAACGACAACCACCUCACCCCCUACGUAGGGUCCGACCUACAAGGUUUCAACGGCACCGUGACUAAACCAUGGGGGUUCGUCGAGCUCAUCGUUUCGAUCGGGUCUGCAAAAACCACCAGGGCCGUCAAAGUCCAGUUUCUGGUCAUUGAUUGCCCCUCAAUCUACCAAUGCAUCUUAGGACGCUCGACGCUGGCCGAACUAAUCGCAGUACCUUCGACCGUGCAUCUCAAGCUCAAGUACUACACAACCUAA